AUGGUGAAGAAAGGUUCCAGCGCCUCCUACCAGAAGGUUCAGGAUUCCAAGAGAAGGUCUCGGGCUUGGGUUGAUACUGCAAGGGCUGCCGGCGCUCCACUUCCUCCUCCUCCUCCUCCUCCUCCUCCUCCUCUUCCUCCUCGUCCUCCUCGUCCUCCUCCUCCUCCUCGUGAUCUGAGGACCUCUUCUCAUCCCAUUGUGGUAACUUCUGCCUCUGCUUCUUCUCUUCCUCCCCCCGCACGACCUUCCCCCGAACCCGAGAAGAAGAAGCGCAAGACUUCAGAGUCUGGCUCUUCUUUUUCUGGGGAAGCUAAUUUCGAUGGUCCCAAAUUCGUUCGAAAUCACAUCUUCCCCCAUACUCGAAUUAGUAUGGAUGAUGCUUCCGUUCGAAACCAUCUUAAUAUCAUGGUUCAGGGGAGUGUUCGGGCAGCCGGGAUAUGCACGAGACUUCUUGAUAUUUUGGACAAAACUCCCCUUAGCUCUUUGGGCUCUACCCAAAAGGUUGAAGAGUUGGAGGGAAGAAUUGUCCUUUAUCAAGCAGAGGAGAAGAGGCUUCAGGAGGAGGUUGCAGGGCUGAAGGUGGAGCAGAACCGAUUUCAGGAGAGGGAGAAGAAGUUAAUGGCUCAGUGCGCUAUGGUAGAGGGCCUAAAGGAGAAGGCGAAGCAGAACUAUGUCAGGGUCUUCUCUGAAAAUAUUAACCUUCAGUGGGAGUUGGAGAAAGGUCGAGAGGCUUAUCAGGAUUUGGAGGACUCCGUGACAGAGAGUUCGGAGGAGGCCUGGAGGAUUUCAAAGAGCAGGUCGGAGUUAUCGCUCCUGAACUGGACCUUUCCCCUUUUGAUCCUGAUAAGAUUGUUGUGA